AUGUCUGAAGGUGACUUGAAUAAAAGACAACUCGAAGAAAAAACAGAGGAUUCAAUAUCUAAAUUAUUAAUUAAUUUAUUGGCUUGCACAUUUCAGACUGUUUUUGGUUACAUAUGCUUAGAUGUUUGCGUUUCUAUCAGUUUACAUUAUAUUGGUUAAGAAAUAAGCCCAACAGCAAAUGCUGGUUAUGGGUUUGCAUUGACUUGUGUGUUCAUUUUAUUAACUCCCUUUGGCUUUGGAUUAAAUCAAUCAUUAAACAUGCACACAUCUUAAGCAUUAGGAGAUUAAAAGGUUUAACUUGCUAAACGAUUUUUUAACAUAAAUUUAUAUGUGAUGCUUUUUAUACUUGUGCCCUUAGGAGGAUUAUUGUUGAUUUUAAAAUACCCCUUGAGUCUAACGAUAAGAGAGGAUUAAAGAGAAGCGACAUCUGAUUACUCUUAAGAAUUCUUGUAUUAUUUGAUACCCGCAAUAAUUCUUGCUUUAGAAUUUGAAAGUGCAAAGUGCUUUAUGGUUGCACAUAAGGUCACAUAUCCAUUUACAAUUAUUCAUUUUUGCACUUUAGCAGUUCAUUGGUUUUUGUGCUGGUUAUUUAUUGUAGAAUUUUAAUGGGGUGUAUCUGGAGCAGGAGUUGUGAUCAUUAUCACUGAAGUCUUGAAUAUUGUUGGAUUAGUUUUAUUCGUACAAUUCACAAAUCUUAAGAGAGAAAUAUUUUAAGGGACGAAAAUAAUAAUGGAUGUUCCAAGAUUUAAAAAGUUGGGAAUAUCAUAUAUAAAAACAUCCAUUCCCAUAGUUCUCCAUAUUUAUUCAGAAUUUUUUGUAUUCUUUUUAUUGUCCUUCAUUGCUUUGAGUUUAGGUGUUUCUGAGAUGAUAGCUCAUAUUGGAUUACAAAAUAUGUGCGGAAUAUAUUUUAGAAUUCCAAUAAGUUUAUCCAUAGCAAUGAUGUCCUUUGUAGGUUCAGAAAUGGGGAAAGGGAACAUUAAAAGAGCUAAGUUUUACGUAGCAGCAGGUUUAGUUAUUUUUGCUGUUGCUUGUGUGAUAUGCUCGAUUUUGAUAUGGUUUUUUAGAAAUUAAUUGGCAACAUUUUAUGCUUCGGAUUAGGAGGAAAAUGAAUUGGCUGCCAGAGCUAAGGAGAUAUUUACAGAUACAGUGCCUUGGUUGAUAGGAGGAAUGUUAAUUGUAGAUGGACUUUAGGGAACCUUAAGUGGAGCUUUAAAGGGAAUUAAUAAAAUAAAUUUAGUUUUUUAUUCAACAAUAAUUGCCUACUAUUUAAUAUGCAUUCCAUUAGUUAGUUUCUUUACAUACUCAUGGGGAUUAGACUAAGGAGUUCUUGGUAUUUGGUAGGGCUUCGGAAUUUCGAAUCUCAUUCUAGCAAUAUUAGAUCUAAUAGUAUUAUUCACGACUGAUUGGGACAAGCAAUCAAGGAACAUAGUUAGAAGAGUGAAAUAAGAAAAUGAACUAUAAUUUAGCACUCUGGUUUAAUUGGAAGAUGACAAAGCCAAUAUUUGA